UUGUAACACAUUAAUUCAUUAAAGUUCACUAUAGGCCUAUUCCAAUCCAAAAUAUAGAGAGUGAAAAGUCUGUUCAUUUCACCAUCUAAGUAUGUGUGCUUCGGCUUCUAAUCACAAUGCCAAAUCUGAAGUCCAUAGAAAUGUUGCUGAUUUUCAGCCUAGUGUUUGGGGAGAUUAUUUCCUUCGAUAUGCCUCCGAAUCUGAAUCUAUGGAACUUGAUCCAAAUAUUGUGGAACAAAUUGAAAUGCUAAAAAACGAUGUGAAGAGCAUGCUUGGUUUAAAUACUGAGAAUUCUUUGAAAAAAGUCUACUUGAUUGAUUCAAUAUGUCGUUUGGGUUUGGGAUAUCAUUUUGAACCUGAGAUUGAAGAUGUUUUGCAACAUAUUUACAAGAACUAUGUCAAGAAUGGAGAAAUAACUAUAUUUGAAGACAACAUUUACUCUCUUGCUGUGCUAUUUAGAUUAUUGAGGCAACAAGGAUUCAACGUUUUACCGAAUGUAUUCAACAAAUUCAAAGAUGAACAAGGAAAUUUUAGUGAAAGACUUAUAGAAAAUGUUGAGGGGAUGUUAAGCUUGUAUGAAGCCACACAUCUUAUGGUUCAUGGAGAGGAUGUUUUGGAAGAAGCUUUGGCUUUCACUAUCUCGCAUCUUGAGCCCAUUGCCAACCAACUGAACAAUUCUCAUGCAAAACAAGUUAAGCAUAGCUUAAGGCAUGCUCUCCAUAGAAACCUGCCUAGGCUUGAGGCAAGAAGUUACAUUUCCAUAUACGAGCAAGAUCCUUCUCAUAAUAAAAAUUUGCUAAUUUUGGCAAAAUUAGAUUUCAACACGCUUCAAAGACUACAUCAAAAAGAAAUUAGUAACAUUUGCAAAUGGUGGAAGGAGUUUGACUUAUCUAAUAAACUACCAUAUGUACGAGAUAGAAUAGUGGAAUGUUACUUUUGGGCUUUGGGGGUAUUCUUUGAGCCCCAAUAUUCUAAAGCAAGAGAAAUUAUGACAAAACAAAUCAUCAUAAUAAUGAUUAUUGAUGAUACAUAUGACGCAUAUGGAACAAUUGAUGAGUUACAACUGUUUACUAAGACAAUUGAAAAGUGGGAUAAUAGGUUUUCGGAUAAUCUUCCAGAGUAUCUGAAAUCUCUCUAUAAAAAGGUCUUAAAUAUUUACGACAGAAAAACAUAUGCCCUCAAAUACUAUGUAAAAGAAUUAAUAAGAUAUGUUCAAGCUCAUAUGACUGAGGCCAAAUGGUUAAGCAUUAAUUAUCAACCAACAUUAGAAGAGUACAUUCAUGUAUCAGCAGAAACAUCUAGUUGUUUACUACUGGUAACAACGUGUUACAUUGGUAUGGAAGACACAGCAACAGAGGACAUCUUUCAGUGGGUAUCAAAUCGGCCAAAAAUUAUCAAUGCAUCAAUUGUCAUUGGAAGGUUAUUGAAUGAUAUUGUGACAAAUGAGUUUGAACAAAAAAGACAACAUAUUUCUUCAUUUUUGGAAUGCUAUAUGAGACAAUAUAAUGUCUCUAAAGAAGUUGCCAUUCAAGAAGCCCGGAAGAGAAUUUCUAAUGCUUGGAAAGAUAUAAAUAAAGAAUUUUUUAGGCCAACUGAUAUUCCAAUGCCUUUUCUGAAGUGUAUCCUAAAUGCUUUACGCUUUCUUGAUGUGAUUUAUAAAGAUAGAGAUAUAUUCACACAUCCUGAAGGAGAAAUGAAAAUACUCAUUAAAGCUUUAUUGGUAGAUCCAGUGCCGAUUUAAAUUAAGUUUAGUCUUUCUAUUUAUUGUACUUCUGUUUAAAUAAAUAAAACAUGUAAUGUGUGA